AUGACGGGAACUUGGAGUGACCACAUCUGUGGUUUCUACUACUACGACAUCAACCUCCGCCUCACCAGAUAUCUCCCCCAGGUCAAGCUCGAGGCCCACGCAGCCAUCAUCUCUUCCACCUCCCGAACUACACUGACUCAGACCUUCAUCAACCCGGAUGACAAGAACGCUCUGAAGGAGAUCCGAUACAAGUUCCCGCUCUACGACGGUGUCAGUGUCGUGGGCUUUACCUGUACUGUUGGCGGCCGCGUCAUCGUGGGCGUCGUGAAGGAAAGACAGGAGGCACGGAAGAACUACGAACAGGCCGUCGCACGUGGCGAAACAGCGGGCCUCCUCGAGCAACUGCCUGCUGCGUCUGAUGUAUUCACCACCACGGUGGGCAAUAUUCCAGCCGGAGCCCAGAUUGUCGUCAAGAUCACGUACCUCGGAGAGCUCAAGCACGAUGCUCAGGUUGACGGCAUCCGUCUGACCAUUCCUACCAACAUUGCCCCCCGCUACAGCUCCUACAACACAUAUAGCAGUCAACUGUGGUCUCCCAGCCAUCCUGUCUCGGACCAGGGCAUCAAGAUCACCGUCGACGCGGAAGUGCCCAAGGAUUUGCAGAUCCAACUUCCCGCCACCCUCGCCUUGGGAACAGCCGAGUUUGAUAAGGACUUCAUUCUCCAAGUAGUAGCCACCAACACUGGAAACCCCCUUGCCGUUCUCGAGCAGCACCCUACUAUCCCCAACCAGCGUGCCUUGAUGACAACCCUGGUGCCCAAGUUCAACCUACCGGCAGAGAAACCCGAAAUCGUCUUUGUCUGCGAUCGCAGCGGCAGCAUGGGUGGCAGCAUUGGGAAUCUUCAGGCGGCUCUUCGUCUGUUCGUCAAGUCGCUUUCCAUCGGUACUAAAUUCAACAUCUGCAGCUUCGGGUCGAGCCACACCUUCCUCUGGGAACGAUCCCAGACCUACGACUCGAUGAGUGUUGCUGCGGCCAUGCAACACAUUGACACACGACGAUAUUUGGACCUCAACCUGGAGGUGUUCCUCCUGACUGAUGGUUCGAUCUGGGACCAGGAGCGUCUGAUGCAGACGGUAAAGAAGCAUGUGGACGAGAGCGAUGGCGCGAUUCGAGUUUUUACCCUUGGCAUCGGUAGUGAGGCGAGCCAUGCUCUCAUUGAGGGUGUCGUAAGGGUCGGUAAUGGCUUUUCACAGGCCAUUAGCGGUUCAGAGGAGAUGGGUAGCAAGGUUGUCCGUAUGCUGAAGGGUGCGAUGUUCCCGCAUGUGAAGGACUACACGCUUGAGGUCAAGUACGAGGAUGCUGGUGCCGAAAAUAAUGACUUCAAGCUUAUCGAGAAGGUUGUCGACUGCCUGGUGAUCGACUUGCCUGGGGCAUCCAAACCAGAGGCAACGGCAACGGCGCAACCUUUGAAGACACCCAUCUCUCUCUUCGAUCCAUCUGUCAAAAACGAUGUUGACAUGAAGGAUGUUAAUGACACGGAGCUCAACAUCCCUGCCAUAGAGCCACCCAAGCUUUUGCAGACCCCUUCUAACAUCCCACCUCUGUUCCCCUUCAACAGGACCACGGUUUACCUCCUGCUUUCCCCCAAGACCAACCAGGCGACUCCCAAAUCGGUCUUCCUACGAGGUACAUCGACUCACGGACCUCUAGAGCUCGAAAUACCCGUCACGGUCCUCGAAGAGAAGGGGCAGACAAUCCACCAACUAGCUGCGAAGAAGGCAGUCGGUGAACUGGAGGAUUCCAGAGGCUGGAUGUUCCAUGCCAAAACAGCCGAUGGUAAGCUGCUCAAGGACAAGCAUGAAAGCCAAUUUACCGGUGUGGUCAAGCGUGAGGCCGUCCGCCUGGGCGUCGAGUACCAGGUCGGCGGUAAGUGGUGCUCCUUCUUUGCUGUCGAGAAGGACGGCGACGAGAAAUUGCAAGAACGAGAGGCAGACAGUUCCCCUGUGGAUAACCAAUCACCUCAAGAACGCAUGAUGGCCAAGGGAGCGGCGCUCCGGGUAUUUCCUAUGUCACACGCAGCAUCCGUUAGGCCAAGCGUAGCACAAUCAGCAUUUGGACUGAUGAGCAGCACGCCUACGAGCAUGAGUGCCUCCCAAGGACUUCCUGCUAUGCCGUUCUCCUAUGCUGCACCGCAAUAUCGUGCUGCACCCUCAGCAUUCGGACUGAUGAGCAGCACGCCUCCGAGCAUGGGAGCCUUCCAACCAUCCGCUGUUUCUCAUGCCCAAUACCGUGUCUCACCGCAUCUGCCUAUGCAACCUGAUGACACGUCCGCAAAUUCGGAAUGUUUUGAAGAUGCUGAAGUAGAUUGGUGCUUGGCAGAUUCCGCUGCCUGCGACGCAGCUCCAUUUGGCCUUGACGAUGCUUAUUGCGAGGGCUAUAGCGCUGGAUCAGAUAGGAACCUCAUCUUGGAAGGUGGUUGGGAAGAUCAACUCGAAUUUGACAACUCACUUCAUGAUGAUGACGGCUGGAGUGACGACGAUGCUAACGUUGACUUAGCUCGAUACGGAAAAGCUGCGUCGCACUCGAACUCGAUUGGCAGCAUGGCGGCUGGCCCAUCGCCAGCCACUCAAGUGGCGAACUUUUGCUCAUUCCGAACUUCUCCGAAGUCUGAGUUAGCAUCGCUGGAGUCUGGGUCACCAGCUGACUCUGCAGGCAGUAGUGUGAGAUACAGACGCGCGGGAGGACCCUCACCACCCACGAGGCCACCGUUCGGGGGGUGGUCCCCAGCACCAGCAUCCGAGUCGCAGGAUAAGCUGCAGACACUGAUCCUCCUACAUACCUUUGAGGGCUACUGGGUCUGGGACCAGACCCUGACCGGUGCCAUGGGUUGGAACGCCGAUGCCCUGGUGGAUGCCUGGGAUAAGGACGCCAUAUUCGCGAAGGUGUCGAAUUCCCAAAGUGGAAACCGGAAAGUUCUGGCGACGGCCCUGGUUGUGGCGUGGCUGCGCCGAGAGCGAGCCGCUGAGAAGGACACGUGGGAGUUGCUGGCCGACAAGGCGAUCGCAUGGCUAGAUGCCGAGCUUGCGGAGUCGGCAUGA